AUGUUGAGAGAAAUGAACGCAGAAUGGGAUCACCCUGUCGUUCUGAGAUGUGCAAAAAAAUCGAAGAACAGGUCAUGCAAUGAAUUGCAAGAAGAAAAAAGAAAAUAUCUUUUUACUGCUUUCUGGAAAAAAAUGAUCUGGGAUCAAAGGAAAACGUUCAUACUAAAUACUGUAGAAAAGCAACCCGUUAAACGUCGCCGAAAUCAAAGUGAGAAUUCUAGGCGUCAAGCAUCCCUUCAUUAUUUUAUAAAUAUUAAUGUCAAUAGAAAACAGGUCUGUUGUAAUAUGUAUCUUAAUACGUUUGGAAUUAAAAAAUGGACAGUACGUUAUUGGAUAGAUAACAUUCAGAAAGAGGGAACAACUAUAGCUCCAAGUUCUUUAAUAACUCAUUCACGGACUGCUGAUGUAGCUUCAUGUAGACGAAAAGAUGACAAGCUAUUUUUUAAUUCAUUUUUUGAUUCGUUACAAAAAAUGCCUUCUCAUUAUUGUAGACAAUUUACCACCCGAAAAUAUCUAGAACCUUUAAUUACGUCAGCCUCUCAGCUAUACAAUUUAUAUCUUGAAAAAUGCCAACAGGAAAAUGUUACAAAAGUAAGCAGAUUUACAUUCGAUUCAAUUUUUAAAGGACAGAAUCUUUCACUGUUUUCUCCAAAAAAAGAUCAGUGUGAUUUGUGCUGUGCUCACGAAACUGGAAAUCUUGCUGAGGAAGAAUACGCUAAACAUAAAGAAACAAAGAAUAGGGCCAGAACUGAAAAAACCAGGACAAAGAAAAGGCAGUAA